AUGGCUCAGACUAUCGCCAGAGGAUCGGGUCGAGAUGAUCAACUGGUGGAUAUCGACCAGGCCUUCCAGGACUUCAUGAGAGAUUACAGCAAGAAGUAUGAGACGGAUGAGCAGUACCAGGUUGCGAAGGCUGCUUUUUCACAAAGCGUGAGGGAAAUAGAGGAAUUGAGAGCGAAUGGCGAUAUUACUCAUGAGGUCGGCCUCAAUGAAUAUGCCGAUGUACCACCUGAAGUAUUCGAUAAAGCGUUCCAGUCUGCUACAGAUCCGCAGCUCAAGGAAAACCUGCGCUCAGUCAAUGCGACUU